UCACAAACCAUGAGAUCAUGGCCUGAGCUGAAGUCAAGAGUCCGACGCUUAACCCACUGGGCCACCCAGGUGCCCGGCAAACAUCAUUCUUAAUGGAGAAAUGUUGAAAUGUUUCCUCUAAGAAGGGGAAAGGAGAGGCCUUCUAUUUCCCAUUUGUAGCCAACAAAUGCUAAUGUUUUGGAGAAAGACAGUGAUGUAUUGUAAGCUUUUCAGGGCUUUUAUCCUAUGGGGUGGGGGAGAAUAGGAAACAGAAGGCAACAAAGAAGCAAUGAGAGCCAUGAAGAGUCUCUCUUCCGCCUCGCUCAUCCCUCUUCUCUUUCUGAGGAUCAGAACCAGAGUGGAAGCAACAGUCUUUAGAAUCACCAAUCGGAUGAUGUUGAUCAUUCAACUUUAGACCAAGAAGAGGCUUUGGAACAUCAUCUCCUGGAACAACCCUGUCAAUUCACCAGAAAAGAAUGUCUGGUCCAGACGAAGUAAAGGAGUUGCCCAAGAUCCUCCUGCCACUUUGUUGCCACUUUCCUCUCCGGUCCCUAAUGUGAGUCCCUUAGGUCCACUGCCAGCGGCUCCCGGUGCACCAGCGACCCUGCCCUGGCGUGAAGAAUCACCCAUGGAGAGGGCAGGCCACAUCAGCACCCAUAGCAUGUCCGGUGGCCCACCUUUCGCUCUGCUGACAUCACAAGCAGCAUGCUGGGGCUGGUCACGCUUGAAUUGUGAUGUCAGGGAACAAAACUAGGGGCAGCCUUCGAGGAGGGGGGCCAACUUGAUAGGGAGAUCAAAACACAGCAGCCGAAGGGAAAGUUGGUGAAGUGGGACCAGGGCUAGGCCGCUGCACCUGAAUGCCUGGGGGUCCUUUUCCAUCCCACCGCAGGGCAGCCAAGCCUCUAGCCCUCCCUGACAUGCAGAAAGUCUCACGUAAGUACUUGGGCUUCCUGCCUUUCGUCUGAAGGGCCAAAGAAGUGGCUCCUUUCCUUUCCAUUGAUGUGACUUCCUUCUGCCCACCCUCUUGCUCGUCCAAGAAGCUGUUUCUAUGAGAAGGACUAGUGUACCCCUCCAAGGCCCCUCGGCUCCUGCCGUGGCUUCUUCGUGGCUUUGCUCUAUCUUCUCAGGGCCAGUCCAGGACCACAAGCCAGCCCCGCAGCCGCCGGCCCAGCCCUCAAGCCCUUCCCACACUCAGCUCCUGAUGAGUAACAGCAGUCUCCGCACAUUUGAGGACCAAGUCCUCUGUCCCAUCUGCCUGGAGGUGUUCCGCAACCCGGUCACCACCACCUGCGGGCACAACUUCUGCAUGGCCUGCCUCCAAGGUUUCUGGGACCACCUGGCUACCGUGGGCGAGACACUGUACUGCCCCCAGUGCCGGGAGAGCUUCCCCUCCAGACCGCGCCUCUGCAAGAACGGCAUCCUGGAGGAGAUGGUGACCUGCUUGGCCCAGGUCAAGGGCCAGACCUUGGGGUCCUCACGGCCCCUGGCGGGGCCCAGGGACGUGCCCUGCGACUUCUGUUCCGCCCAGAAGCUCAAGUCAGUCAAGUCGUGUCUGCAGUGCAUGGCCUCCCUGUGCGAGAAGCACCUGAGCAGACACUUCGAGGACCAGAUGUUCCAGGACCACGAGCUGCUGGAGCCCGUGUGGGAUCUCAAGAGCCGCCUGUGCCGGAAGCAUCGCAAACUGCGGCGACUGUACUGCCGCACGGAAGGCAGCUGCGUGUGCGGAGCCUGUCUGCUGGAGGAACACAAGAACCACGACACCAUCCCCCUAGAGGAGGAACGUGCCAGGAAGGAGGUGGAGGUUCGGAAGGUCCAGGCCAGCGUGGAAAACCAGAUGCUGAUCAUCAACUCUGACAGCCAGAGGCACCGGGGGCAGGUGGCCUUUCUCUCGAAAUUGAUCCAGACAACACGCGAUGAGGUGAACGCCUGCUUCUCAGAGAUCAUCCAGGAGGUCAAACAGCUGCAGAUGAAGGUCUUGGAUUUUGUUGAGAAAGAGGAGGCAGCCGCUCUGGGGAAGCUGGGCAGCUCCAUCCAGCAGAGCCACAACCGGCUCCUGAAGCUGGAGGGGGACAGCAUCUGGCUCCGCGCCCUGCUCGCCAACAGGAGCGACCAGCAAUUCCUGCAGGAGUUCCCCAGACUGAAGCACUUUCCCGCCUGCCCGGAAGCCCUGAUGAGCACCAACUGUGAGGAGAAGCAGAGCUUUCUCCAGUUGCCGGAGACCCUGGCGGAGCUCCGGACGCGGCUGCUGGACGUGGGUCUCAGCUUCAUCAAUCAGCUCCUCCUGAAGGGUGACGCAGCCUCCUGGAAGCCCAUGCCCCUCUCUGAAAGGACACUGGGCUGUAAGAGUGUCCUCAGCAAAGCUCCUCAAUCUCCUCCAGGCAUUAAGAUGAACUCCUAUGAGUUGCUGCCCUCAGCUGUGGACAGGAAAACACUUCUCAAGUGUUACUGCAACCUGAACUUCGACCCCACCACGGCCAGCGAGGAACUGUUCCUGUUCAAGGAGACCCACUCGGUGCUGAACCUGGGCAUCCUUCUGGAGCCCUUCGCCGCGGGCGGCCCCUUCCCCGGCUUCAAGCAGUGGCCGCAGGUGCUGUGCUCGCGCGGCCUGUCCGAGGGCCGCCACUACUGGGAAGCCGAGGUGUCCAACUCGUGGGUGUGCCUGGGCCUCACCUACCGCCGCAGCCCCCCGCUCGGCGGCCGCCCGCGCCGCAACAUCGUCUACCUGCUGGGCCGCAACCCGUACUCGUGGUGCCUGGAGUGGGACUCGCUCAAGUUCUCCGUGUGGCACAACAACACGCAGACGGUGCUGUACGGCGGUUACCACCGCACGCUCGGCGUGGCGCUCGACUGCGGCACCGGCUGCCUCUCCUUCUACGGCGUGGCCGGCGGCGUGAGCCUGCUUUACCGCUUCCUCGUCUCCUUCCUGGAGCCGCUCUACCCCGCGGUCAUGGUCAGCAGCGGCGCCUCGGUCACGCUCAAGCAGCGCCCCGAGGCGGAGGCGUAGGCGGCAGCCAAUAAAGUUGGACUCUAGCGCUGGGCUGGGCCCGCGGGAAGGGGCGCCGGGGACGCGGGCCGCCGGAGGUCGCGGCCCCCCGGGUUGAAGGCUGGGGUGGGCGGCGAACCGGCCUCCCGUCCCCCUGACCCGCUGGCCCGCUGCCGGGUAUUCCCGGGAAUCCUAGGAAACAGGCAGACCCCUCAUUUCCCGCAGCCAUGGGAGAAGGGCUUUGAGCCAGGAUGGAGUCCCACACCACUCCCCUCCUGUGGGGUGGGGGGUGGGGG